CCUGCUUUCGAUCCCUACGAACAGCAGUUCAGCGUCACCAUGCCAGACGGACAGACCCAAGUCGACCUCGUCAUGCGCGCAGUCAUCACCUUUCAGAACACAGCCGUCAUCAUGGGCAUCAUUUACGGCAUCCAGAUCGGCCUGUCGAUCCUCCUCCUGACCAUUCUUGCAGUCAUGACAAGACCUGAGAAGCGACGCAGCUUCAUCUUCUUCCUCAAUCUUGCAGCACUUGUCCUCAUCUUCGUCCGCAGUGUCAUCACAUGCACUGCCCUGCAAGGUCCCUUCUACAACGUCUACAACUGGUCGAUCGGCUACUACGAGCACGUCGGCGAGGCCAUCCGUGUCAGCAUUGCCUGCGAGGUUAUGAACUUCUUGGUGAUUGUGGCAAUAGAACUGUCACUGCUCUUCCAAGUUCGCAUAGUCUGCUGCACCUUGAAGACAAGCCUUCGCCUCCUGGUGACUGCCGUUACCACUCUCGUCGCCGUAGUGGUUUGCGGUAUAAGAUUCGCCACCAUGGUCGUCAACGCGAAAAUCGGCAUAAGCCAAGUCGACACUAAGGGUCCGGCAGAGCGAGCGCUGGUGAGUACCAUGGCAUCCGCCACCAACAUCAGCGUCAUUUGCAGCAUCAUCUUCUUCAGCGCCAUCUUCUGUGCCAAGCUCGGACAUGCCAUCUACCAGCGCCGCACCAUGGGCAUGAAGCAGUUUGGUCCCAUGCAGAUCAUCUUCGUCAUGGGCUUCAUCUUCGGUCUCCUCACCUACUUCGUGGUCCAGUUCUCUCAGAUCUACAGCCUCAUGCCGAUGGUCGUCGCUACGUUUCUCCCCCUUUCUAGCAUGUGGGCG